AAGGCAACGGGGGAGGUGGGAGGUGUUGCUUGAUUCACGCUGUAUUCAUUGUCCGCUGUUUGCAGUCUGGUUUGUCCCACAUUGCGGUACCGAGCUGCCUGACUGGUUACACCUGUAUGGGCUUGGCUUGUGUCUCCUCCACCCACAUCCCACACACACACACAGUCCCCCAACCCCACACACAGGCUAAGGGGGGAGCGUGCACUCAGCCAUAAAAGCACACACACACACCACCACCAUUUCCGUGUGUGCCGCUCACACAUUCCAGCAGCAGCAGUUCACCGUAACAGUCAUCCAGCUAAACAGCACCGCCGUAAAAUAAACGCUUCGCGCGGGCAAUUGAUUAUUCAUUUAUUUACCCCCCCCCCCCCCCAAAAAAAAACCCAUCACGGUGUUAUUAUAGCACGUAUAUAUAGCGGCCAGGCGUCGUGCAUGCAAAAAAAGGGUUCUCGUUCGUACUCCGUGUGGCUCCGUGUGGAGUGUCACUGGCAAUGAGAAUGCCCGCAGUCAGCUGAGCGCCGGUCAGCCUCUCUCUGCGUGUGCGGAGAGCCGUGUGGGGGGUGGGGGCAUCAGCUGCGGCUGUGGUUCGCUUCAAGCCUCGAGUGCACGCGGCCGUCAAAGGCUGAAGACGGUGGGGUCGAGAUGGCUCUCGUGGUCCAUCUGAAGCGGGUGGAGAAGCUUCGGGGCAAAGCGGACCGGAUUGCCCGGGUGACGUUCCGAGACUCGCCCUACGACACCAAGGUGUUCGAGAACUGCGAAGAUGAAGCACGCUUCGACUCGACCUUUCGCUGGCCGCUGGCUAGCGCAAUCAAUGGAAGUGAAACCUUGGAAGUCCGAGUUUACAAUUACAGUAAGCUGCUCUCUAAAAGGCUGGUGGGCACCUUCCGUAUGGUGCUGCAGCUGCUGGUGGAGCGUGGACACCUGGAGCUGACGGACACGCUCCUCGAUGACAACAACGCCUCGAUCAUGGCCACGGUCACGCUGGAACUCAAGUACUUUGCGCUCGACAGCACGGUCGGCCAGUGGAACGAGUUGGACUUUAUCCCAACCCCCACAGAGGACACAGAGAAUCUCGUGCCAAGCAUGGAGACCACUGGAGAUGCAAAAAGCGGCUCGCACAGUGGGGUGGCCACCAGGUUCAGCGAUAUUAAGAUGUCCUGCCUUAGCAUCAAAUCUAGGGACACCAGAAGAUUUCGCAUGGACACGAACAACAGGAAUUUUCUACUGAAACUUGGAGCGAAGAAACGGCCACCGAAAUCCAGCUUGGUGCUUACGAACCUCAACGCAGAAGAUGACGAGAAUAUGGACAUAGAGGAAAUGGACAGGAAGAUGUUGGCGGCAAGCAGGGGCGACAUGCUGGACAACAUCUCCCUCGCUUCUGGAAUUGUCGAGACCACCAAUGUUUCCAACAAAAGAUCGAAACCGGAGCCGAGGGUCGAUCCGACUGCGGGCAAGCCUCAGAGCUACCAGGUGAGCGUGAUGAUCAUCGAGGCCCGACAGCUGGUGGGCCUCAACAUGGACCCGGUUGUGAUUGUGGAGGUCGGGGAAGAGAAGAAACAGACGAGCCAGAAGGAGUCCACGAACUGCCCCUACUACAACGAGUAUUUUGUGUUUGACUUCCACACGCCUCCCAACAUGAUGUUUGACAAGAUCAUAAAGCUCUCGGUGAUCCACUCAAAGAACUUAAUCCGAAGUGGAACUCUUGUGGGCACCUUCAAAUUAGACGUCGGUACAGUCUACAGUCAGCCUGACCACCGCUUCUACCACAAGUGGGCCGUGCUCACCGACCCAGACGACAUCACGGCCGGCAUCAAGGGCUACGUGAACUGCGACAUCGCCGUGGUGGGGAAGGGCGACAACAUCAAGACGCCGCACAAGUCCGUCGACAACGACGCCGACUCCAUUGAAGGGAAUCUGCUGCUUCCGGAAGGCAUCCCGGCAGAUCGGCAGUGGGCCCGUUUCUUCGUGAGGAUCUACAAGGCCGAGGGCCUGCCCAAGAUGAACACCGCCAUCGUGGCCAACGUGAAGAAGGCCCUCAUGGGCCAGGAGAGGGAUCUCGUCGACCCCUACGUGCAAGUCUCCUUCGCCGGACAGAAGGGCAAGACGUCCGUGCAGCGGAGCAGCUACGAGCCGGUGUGGAACGAGCAGGUGGUGUUCACCGAGCUCUUCCCCCCUCUCUGCCGCCGCAUGAAGCUACAAAUCCGCGACAGUGACAAAGUCAACGACACGGCCAUCGGCACUCACUUCAUCGACCUCAAGAAGAUUUGCAACGACGGGGAUAAAGGAUUUCUGCCGACGUUCGGCCCGGCAUGGGUCAACAUGUACGGCUCGACGCGGAACUACACGCUCAUGGACGAGCACCAGGAGCUGAAUGACGGCCUCGGGGAGGGCGUGUCGUUCCGCGCCCGCCUCCUCUUGGGCAUCUCCAUGGAAAUCCUGGACAUCACGUCUCCGGAGUUGAGCACCAACACCGAGAUCUCGGUGGAGUCCAUCCCUCACGUCGCCGACUCUGUAGCUGGAAAGAUGGAAGAGUUUUUUUUGUUCGGAGCUUUCCUGGAGGCCACGAUGAUUGACAGGAAGAUCAGUGACAAGCUGAUCAGCUUUGAAAUCAGCAUUGGGAAUUACGGAAACAGCUUGGAUGGGCUGAACAAGUCAAAUAUUCUUGACCGCAGCGAUGACGAGGACGAAUACGACGAGGGGGAUGAGGAUGACGAGACUGAGCUGCUGAAUGAUGAGACGGAUGAUGCAGAAAUGGAUGACGACACGUCUGGGUCCUCCACUACCCCUUCCUAUAAGCCGGAGACUAAUGACAGGCAGUACUUCCACAUGCCUUACUACGAGCAGAAGCCGUGCGUGUACGUGCGGAGCGCGUGGCACGACCAGCGACGGCGUCUCUACAACUCCAACAUCAUCGACAAGAUCGCCGACAAGCUGGAGGAGGGCAUCAGCGAUGUCUUGGAGACGAUGAAGAUGGAGAGGCCACACCCAGAGCGGAGGCUGCGAGGAGCCUUGGAGGAAAUGAGCGUGGGUUGCAGCCGAUUCCUUACCCUUGCCAACAAAGAUCCAUCUGCAUUCGGGCGCACGAGAUUGGACCGGGACCGUCUCAAGAUAUGCAUGAGGGAGCUUGAACAGAUGGGCCCGCAGGCAAAGAGCCUGGUGAAGCAGGUGAAGCGGGCCAACCUCAAGGAGCGGCUCAAGACGGCCGAGGGCUUCCUGCAGAAGCUCCGGUUCCUCGCCGACGAGCCCCAGGACAGCAUCCCGGACAUUUUCAUCUGGAUGCUGGUCAACAAGACGAAGCGCGUCGCGUACGCGCGCAUCCCCGCCAAAGAUAUCCUCUAUUCCAUCGUAGAGGAGGAGACGGGGAAGGACUGCGGUAAAGUCAAAACGCUUUUCCUUAGGCUGCCGGGGAAACGUGUCUUCGGCUCGGGCGGUUGGACCAUGCAGGCCAAGCUGGAGGCCUACCUCUGGCUGGGCCUCAACAAGCAACGCAAGGACUUCCUCACUGGUCUGCCCAGCGGCUUUGAGGAGAAGAAAAUUGGGGUCACCGGUGUUCCGCCGAGCGUCCUCAACUACCACAAGAGGUCGCAGUUCGAGCUGCGCGCGCACAUGUACCAGGCUCGCAGCCUCUUCGCCGCCGACAGCACGGGGCUCUCCGACCCCUUCGCCCGAGUCAUCUUCUCCACCCACUGCAAGUCCACCGAGGUCUUCCAGGAGACGCUCUGCCCAACGUGGGACCAGCUGCUGCAGUUCCAGGAUGUCUACAUGUACGGGGAGCCACGCGAGCUGAGAGACGACCCCCCCAUGGUCGUGAUCGAGGUGUUCGACCAAGACACCGUGGGCAAAGCCGAGUUCAUUGGACGAGCACUGGCCAAGCCGGUGGUGAAAAUCAGCACGGAGCCGUACGAACCCCCGCGCUUCCCUCCAAUGCUCGACUACUACCAGAUCUACCGAGGCCCGGUCACUGCCGGAGAGCUGCUGGCAUCGUUUGAGCUCCUGCAGGUCCCACCAGCAGACAACUGUAAAUUCCCUCCAGUCUCCGGACUGAACGACACAGACCGAGGGCCCAUCAUCCCGGUGCCCAAGGGGAUUCGGCCUGUCCUGGCCAAGUACAGGAUAGAGGUUCUCUUCUGGGGCCUGAGGGAUCUCAAGCGAGUGCAGCUGCAGUCGGUGGAUCGACCACGCGUUGACAUUGAGUGUGCGGGCAAGGGCAUCCAGUCGGUGGUGAUCGCCGACUUCAAUAAAAACCCCAACUUCAGCCACCUUGUCAAGUUCUUUGAAGUGGAUCUGCCAGAGAACGAGUUGUUCCACCCGCCACUCAACAUCCGAGUGGUGGACUGUCGCGCGUUCGGACGCUACAUACUCGUGGGCUCGCAAACGGUCACCUCCCUGCGCAAGUUCAUUUUCCACACCACGGGGCCAGACAUGGGCCGCCAAGGCAGCACUAAGCCUCGAUUCCUGGCUAAACGGUUUGCUGUCCUUCGAGUGAAGCAGGCGACCAGCGAUGCUGAGAUUAUCAAGCAAAUCGUGGAGACGAACGCGGCAGACUCCGACAAGAAAACAGAGACGACAAUCACCAUCGAGGGCGGAGAGCCGGGGGCCACCCAGGGCAAGAAGAGUAAAAAAAAGAAGACGGAGCCAGAGGAUGCAGAGCGUGACGAGAGCGUGCUGGACUGGUGGUCCAAGUACUUUGCCUCCAUUGAGAUGCUCCAAGAGAGUCGGUUGCAGACUCCAGGUGAAGAUGCAGUGGAGGGAGCCACUGCAGAGCCAGUCCAGGGCGCAGAGUCCCCAAGAAAGGCCCUGCAGUUCCACAAAGCGGCCGACAAGGACAAACAGCUGAAGAAGAAACCUCACCUUCAAGUGGAAGAGUUGAAGCAUCGGAUGAACCCAGAACUGCUGAAGCACUGUUUGAUGGUUAUGAAGUCUGCUGGACUGUUGAUGGUUUAUGACAAGGAGCUGGAGGCAGAGUUUGACAACUUUGAGGACUGGCUACACACAUUCAAUCUGUAUCGUGGCAAGACCAGCGAUGAAGAUGACAUUUUGGAUGAGGAGAGGGUGGUGGGACGUUUCAAGGGCUCGACCUGCGUGUACAAGUGGCCCCUCGCGGACAACGUGCUGAAGGAGGUGGGGUACGACGCCCAGUUUGGGAUGUUCCAGGGCAUCCCCACGAACGACCCCAUCAACGUGCUCGUGAGGGUCUACAUCGUGCGGGCCACUGACCUCCAUCCGGCUGACAUCAAUGGGAAGGCGGAUCCGUACAUUGUGAUCAAGCUGGGCAAGACCGAGGUGAAGGACAAUGAAAACUACAUCUCCAAGCAGCUGAACCCCAUCUUUGGAAAGUCUUUUGACAUCGAAGCCACCUUCCCCAUGGAGUCGAUGCUCACUGUGCAGGUCAUGGAUUGGGACCUGGUGGGCAUGGAUGACCUCAUUGGAGAGACGAAGAUUGACCUUGAGAGCCGCUACUACAGCCGGCACCGUGCCACGUGCGGGAUCGCACAGCAGUACGCUGUUCACGGCUACAACACGUGGCGCGACCCCAUGAAGCCGACACAGAUCCUGGCCAAGUUGUGCAAAGACAACAAGGUGGAUGGGCCGCACUACGGGCCGGGUGGCCGUGUCAAGGUGGCCAACCGCAUCUUCAAUGGACCCACUGAGAUGGAAGAUGAUAGCGGUCACAAGAAGCAGACGGAGGAGCACCUGGCACUGAAGGUCCUGCACAGCUGGGAGGAGAUUGCCCGUGUGGGCUGCAAGCUGGUACCGGAGCACGUGGAGACACGGCCUCUACUGCACCCCGACAAGACUGGCAUUGAGCAGGGUCGUCUGGAAAUGUGGGUGGACAUGUUUCCGAAGGACAUGCCGCACCCAGGGCCACCCGUGGACAUCUCUCCACGCAAACCCAAGAGCUACGUGCUCAAGGUUGUGAUAUGGAACACGGAUGAGGUUACGCUUGAGGACGACAAUUUCUUCACAGGCGAGCGUUCGAGCGAUAUUUACGUGCGCGGCUGGCUCAAGGGGCAGCAGGAGGACAAACAGGACACGGACGUGCACUACCACUCGCUCACGGGCGAGGGCAACUUCAACUGGCGCUUCAUCUACCCCUUCGACUACCUGGUGGCUGAGGAGAAGAUCGUCAUCUCCAAGAAGGAGUCCCUCUUCUCGUGGGACGAGACUGAGUACAAGAUCCCGGCUCGCCUCACCCUGCAGGUGUGGGACGCCGACCACUUCUCCGCCGACGACUUUCUUGGUGCCAUUGAGUUGGACCUCAACCGCUUCCCACGAGGGGCCAAGUCCUCCAAGCAGUGCACGUUGAACAUGCUCAAGAUGGACGGCUCGGUGCCCAUGAUCUCCAUCUUCAAGCUCAAACGGGUCAAGGGCUGGUGGCCUUUUGUCUCCCGCGACGAGAACGACGAACAGGAGCUCACGGGGAAGGUGGAGGCCGAGCUGCAUCUGCUGACGGCUGAGGAGGCGGAGAAGAACCCAGCAGGGCUGGGCCGCAACGAGCCGGACCCCCUCGAGAAGCCUAAUCGCCCCAAAACUUCUAUCUCGUGGCUGACAAAUCCAUUCAAGUCCCUGUUCCUCGUCAUCUGGAAAAACUACAAGUGGUACAUCAUCACCGCCCUCGUCCUCCUCGUCUUCGCCCUCUUCAUCGCCCUGCUUCUCUACACUUUGCCAGGAGCCAUCACAAACAACUACUUAGGAUAGGGAACCUCAGAGACACGACGGCUUUGGGAAACAUUCCAAAAGAUACCAAGAGGAUUAUAGCCGAAGCUCAUGAUGUUUUACAGGGUUGAGAGGGGGGCACGAGAUGAAUCCACCUCAAAGGAAAGCCAAAAAUAAACAAUUAUCCACAGCCUGAUUUAAAGCUUUCUUGACUGCAGUGAUUCAUAUUCUUGGUUCUUUCGGUAAAGUCACGUUGAAGGGAAACACUAAAAUAUAUAUAAAACAAUAAAAUUGUAUUGUUUCCCUUCAACGUGACUUUACCGAAAGAACCAAGAAUAUAUAUCCACAGCCUGUUUAUUACUCACGUUGCACAGGUGCGCACCCGAGCUGACGGGAUGUGUUGAUAAUGUUACGUUGUGAACAUGUGACGCAUUCACAGCGUUGUCUCAAAAAUCUACACAUGCACUCCAACCGUUCGAAUAAGCACUUAAAGUGACACCUUUGCUCAGGAGACCAUUAUUGUGCGUAAAAAAUUAGCCUCUUGAGUUACAUGCCACCCAUGGGGAAUAGGUUGGCAGCCUCACCUGGUGGCAGGUGUGUGAGUUUAUAUAUAUAUGAGCCAGCUGCACUGGUUGCAGCGAUUGUACAGCAGUAUAUGUUUAUGGUGUAUUACAAACGAGCAUUGAAAUUAUAUGAUAGCAUUUGCUUUGGUGUGUACUUCAUGGGACCUCCUUUGCCAGUACCAAAAUAUGAGCCUAGUCUCAAAACGGCGUCCUCUGGUCUAACACCGUUUUGAGACUAGGCUCAAAAGAAAGCUGUCU